AUGAAAUUUGGCAUAAGUUUUUUCGUUGUUCUGGAUUUUGUAGCCUACUGCGUGGUGGCAGUUGAAUCUGCUGGUAGACAAAUUCCUAUUGCUUUUCUUGAGCGUGUGAAGGAAGAAUUCAGCAAAAAAUAUGGUGGUGGCGAAGCUGCAACUGCUUCAGCUCGUAGCCUCAACAAAGAAUAUGGGCCUAAAUUAAAGCAGCAAAUGCAAUAUUGUGUUGAUCAUCCUGAAGAGAUUAACAAGCUUGCCAAAGUGAAGGCUCAAGUUUCUGAAGUUAAGGGUGUUAUGAUGGAGAACAUUGAAAAGGUUCUUGACCGUGGAGAAAAGAUUGAGAUGCUAGUGGAUAAGACUGACAACCUUCGAUCACAGGCACAAGAUUUUAGAACACAAGGAACAAAGAUGAAAAGAAAGAUUUUGACAUAUAGAAAUAUGUCUUUGGGAGGUCGACUGAUUCUUCUUAAGUCUCUACUGUCCUGCAUUCCUUAUGAUGAGGAAGGAGGGAUGUUAUGUUUUGGGAGGGAGGAAGGAUCAAUUUGGUGGAAGAAGGCCGAUGAUCAAUUUAAGGGAGGAAGGGUCAAUUUUGAGUUGUCUGAUGAUAAAUUAAUAACUGUUACAGAUAUGUAUGCGUUGGGUUGUGAUGUAAAUGGUGAGGUUUGGAAGUGGCGUAGAAGGCUGUUUGCGCGAGAGGAAGAGUUGGUGAGGGAGUGUGUGGAUCUAUUGUUGUUUUGCAGGUUGAGGUGGCAGACCGAUGAGUUUGGAAAAUUCAUUCAUUUUGAUCUGGGUUCUAAUCAUGUGUUGUGGCUUAAAGCGGUGCCGCUCAAAGUCAAUAUUUUUAUCUGGCGUUUGCAUUUUAAAUCAAAUUCUUUUGGCGGCUACUAA